GCAUAUGAGUUUAAACUCAGCAAGCAUAUCAUUUUCAGCUCCUAAAAUUCGUCCUUCACCCUUUCUCCAUGGAAGAACAUCAAGCAAAUUUCAAAUGGUCAUAACUCACUCAAUUUUGAUCCGAAUUGAGCGAUUCUUGUGGCCACGGAACGAGGGAAGGAUCCUCUACUGAUAUAUAGUAUCAAUUUAAGGUUAUUGAAAGCUUGAAGGGAGUAUUUUGAUGGUUGUUCAUGGAGGAAUUCAUUCAACCAAAGGGUUAUCCCAUCAAGAAAAGCGUUAUCGAAAUUGCGUAGACUCGAAGAAGCGACUAUCGAUAAGGCUCGAGGCGAAUGGAUCGAGAUAUCGUCGUGCUUAUUUAAAGAAUUUGGAUAGCAAGUGGGAUUAUAUCACCCGAAGUUGCAAAGACUCUGAAAUAAGUCGAGAAAGAUAUUUCAUUAAUAAUAAAAGUCAUAAUUUUAUACCGUUCGCUUAUUUUGCACAUGUUAAGCGAAUGUGUACUUGGAUGGCCCAUGAAGUGGCUAAUAAGUCCUUAAAGCCUCCUUUUUAGGAGUUAUUAUUGUAAUCUCUGUUAUCCAGUUCUCUCAAAUAUUAUGUACUUCUAUUUACCGAAAUUAAUACAAUUGCUAUUUUGCCAA